CCUCCUCAAAAAUAUCUUAGAUUCUCGAAGACUGGAUCAGCUGUCGCGCAAGGUUAUUCCGUAUUUCCAAAAUUGCGUAUUUAAUCCCAGAGGAGUUAUAUAAAAUAAAUCAUAAAUAAUAAAUAAUAGAGCCCCUUAAAGAGAGUGACUCUUCAUUAACGACUUAGAUAGCUAAAGUGAUUAGUGGCCAUGUUGGCUUUCUUAAACUCUUGAUUUUAACCUGGAAGAUUUAUUAUUAUAAUUAUAAUUAUUAUUGUUAUUGUUAUUAUAAUUGUUAUUGUUAAAAUAAAUUUAAAUGAAUAAGUGAAUUGAGUCCUAGGAUUAAAACGGAGGAACCAGCCGGUUUUUUUGUUAUCAAACUGGAGGAAUUAAAAAUCAUCCAAGCUGGAUAGGUUACCCGAGUACCUCCGCGAUACCGUGGAUUGGUUUAUGGGAAAAGCCAGACGGAAGGAGAAAGAUGCAGGAACCACGGAAGACCCCAAGCUGUACCUGGAGGAAGCGGCCCUGGAGAGACAGCUGCCCGAGCUGGACCUCAGGAUGCUGGUGGACUUACCACCAGGGCUGGACUACAACGAGUGGCUGGCCUCUCAUACGCUAUCUCUCUUUGAUCAUAUUAAUUUGAUCUAUGGGACUAUUUCGGAAUUUUGUACUCAAACUGGUUGUCCUGAUAUGACUGGGCCUGGACUCAGAACUUACUUGUGGUUUGACGAGAAGGGAAAGAAAACUCGGGUCGCUGCUCCGCAGUACAUUGACUACGUUAUGACGUUCACUCAACGUACCGUCAGCGACGAGACGAUAUUUCCCACGAAAUAUGCAAACGAGUUCCCGAGUUCGUUUGAGUCGAUAGUUCGUAAGAUCCUGCGGCUCUUGUACCACGUAGUGGCACACAUUUACCACUGCCACUUUCGCGAGGUUGCACUUUUGGGACUCCAUGCCCAUCUCAAUUGUGUGUUUGCUCAUCUUACACUUCUUAAUCAACGUUUCAACCUGAUUGAUCCCAAAGAAACCGAAAUUCUUGGAGAUCUAGAGGCCGCAUUACUUGGUGAUUCUGCGUCAACAGUUGCAGAACCGACGACUGUAGCCACUUAAAAGUAUCCUAAUAAAUUAAUUUAUUUAUUUAAUGUUUACGAGAUUGUAGUUUGUGAUCUCUUAAAUCUUUUCCUCGUUGGACUGUUUUAUUUUUUGCUUGUUUACAAGUCACUGCAUAAUUAGCGUGGAGGUUGUUGCUUGCGAGGGAAAGACUAUUAAUUAUUUAAAA